AUACAACUUUACAAACAACUUAAGUGCGCCUUUUUGCUUCCACUUUAAUGCGAAAUUAAAUCAAUAGAAUGCAGCGCGGUAUAGACACGUUCUUCAAGCGGCUGCCGGGCAAGAAGAACAGCGACGAAGAUGCGACACCGUCGCCGGUUCCAAAGAAACGAAAAGCUCUUGUCAUUUCCAGCGAUGAGGAUGAAAUUCCCGCCAGUCCGCAGGUGACCAAGCAUGGCAAGGAGGUGAAAAAGUCGCGCAAGGCACUGGAAACCAAAUCACCACGCAACGAUAAUGGACACGCCGCCAAGAAGCCAUCGUUGUCCAAGCUGAAAGAAGCAUCGAAGCUGCAGAAAGUGAAUCCCACAGAGCUGUUUGGUGGCGAAACGAAGCGAGUAGAAGCACCUAAGCCCAAAGAUCGCAGCAUAGUUGAAUUAGAAGAUGAAGCAAUCGAUCGCAGUCUGAUGGAGGUAGAUCUCGAUGAGAAUCCCGAUGUAGUCAUCUCUAAGCCAACCUCUCCAUCGCCAAAAAAGAUCAGCAAGGCCAAGAGUCCGGCGCCAAGUCGCAAACGCAGCCCGGAGCCAACUCCGGAACCCAAAGCCGCUUCUGCCAAGAAGCCCAAGGCCUCGACGCCACGUGUUAAGAAGGAAAAGUCAGCGGAUCUGGAGACAAGUGUAUUGACUGACGAGGAUCGGCAGGAUCGAAAACGCAUGGCCGCCGUGCUUUAUCAGCAGUACAAGAAUCGCAGCAGCUGCCUGAAUCCGGGCAGCAAAGAAAUUCCCAAAGGAUCGCCCAAUUGCCUGGCGGGAUUAACAUUUUUGGUUACCGGCAUACUCGAGUCCAUGGAGCGGGACGAGGCCGCAUCGGUGAUUAAGGGAUUCGGUGGUCGUGUCAUGACUGUGGUGGGCAAGAAGCUCAACUAUCUGGUCGUGGGUGAGGAGGCGGGGCCCAAGAAACUCGCCCAGGCCGAAGAGCACAACGUGACCAUCUUAAGUGAGGAUGGACUAUUUGAUUUGAUCCGGGAGAGAUCUGGGGAAAAGAAGGAGAGUCCCAAGGUGAAGAAGGAAGAAGAGGAAAAGAGCAGCAUAACGAAAGUGAAAAAGGAACGCAACCAAGAGGAUAUUCCAAGGAGCAGCAGCAGUUCCAAGCAAGAGGAGAAGAGUCACAGCUCUAAAGUGAAACAAGAACGCAAAGAGAUGAAAUCCAGUGUUAGUCCCAAAGUCAAAAAAGAGCCUGUUGAGUCGACCAAGCGGACACAAGUCUUGCCCCGUGAGGAAGCCAACAACAAUGUGGAUGAGUCCAAGCCGGAAGACACAAAGAACAUGGCCUGGGUGGACAAAUACAAGCCAAGCACUAUUAAGGAUAUUGUAGGUCAGGCUGGACCCGCCAGCAAUGUCAACAAACUGAUGAACUGGUUGUCCAAGUGGUAUGUCAGUCAUGAUGGCAAAAAGAAGCCACAGCGUCCGAAUCCAUGGGCCAAAAACGAUGAUGGUAGCUUCUAUAAGGCGGCCUUGCUGUCCGGUCCACCCGGGAUUGGCAAGACGACAACCGCCACGCUGGUCACCAAGGAGCUGGGAUUCGAUGCGGUCGAAUUCAAUGCGUCGGAUACGCGCAGCAAGCGGCUGCUCAAGGAGGAGGUGGCCAGUCUGCUGGGCAACAAGUCACUCUAUGGCUAUGUCAAUGGCCAAUCGCAGGCGGUGUCCAAGAAGCAUGUACUGAUCAUGGACGAGGUGGACGGCAUGGCGGGCAACGAGGAUCGUGGCGGCAUGCAGGAACUCAUUGCUCUGAUCAAGGAUAGUUCCGUGCCGAUUAUUUGCAUGUGCAACGAUCGCAAUCAUCCCAAGAUCCGUUCUCUGGUCAACUACUGCUACGAUUUGCGCUUCCAGCGACCUCGUAUCGAGCAGAUCAAGGGACGCAUUAUGAGCAUAUGCUUCAAGGAGAAGCUUAAAAUGCCACCGGCCAAGAUCGAGGAGAUCAUUGCCGCCACCAACAAUGACAUACGACAGACCAUCAAUCACAUCGCACUCCUCAGCGCUGGCGAGCAACUGCCAGAGAAAGCCAUCACGGGGCAACAGGUGGCAUCCAAGGAUCUUAAGCUGGGUCCUUGGGAUGUCGUCCGCAAGGUCUUCACCGCCGAUGAGCACAAGCAGAUGAGCUUCUAUGAUAAGUGCGAUCUGUUCUUCCAUGACUACAGCAUGGCUCCAUUGUUUGUCCAGCAAAAUUAUCUGCAAGUGAUGCCUCAGGGUAACAGGAACGAGAUCAUGUCAAAGGUGGCGGCCACUGCGGAUGCUCUAAGUCUAGGCGAUAUGGUGGAUAAGCGCAUACGCGCCAAUUCCGCCUGGAGUCUCCUGCCCACCCAAGCCGUCUUCAGCUCCGUGCUGCCCGGCGAGUACAUGUGCGGCCAUUUCACUGGCCAGAUCAAUUUCCCCGGCUGGCUGGGCAAGAAUUCAAAGUCCAAUAAGCGCGCACGCUUGGCUCAGGAGCUCCAUGAUCAUACUCGAGUAUGCACCUCGGCCUCCAAGCUUUCGGUCCGUCAGGAUUAUGCUCCCUUCUUGCUUGCCAACAUUGUGCGUCCGUUGGCAUUGGAGGGUCAGGAAGGCGUUUCUUCUGCGCUAAAUGUUAUGAAAGAUUAUCACUUGCUGCGCGAGGAUCUAGAAUCUCUGAUUGAGCUCACUUCGUGGCCGGGAAAAAAGUCACCCAUGGAUGCAGUCGAUGGGCGUGUGAAGGCGGCACUUACGCGUGCCUACAACAAAGAGGUGAUGGCCUAUUCUUAUUCGGCACAGGCUAACGUUAAGAGGAAGCGAGCCGAGGCGGCUGGCGAUGAUGACACCGGCGGUAUGCUGGGCGAUGAAGAUGAGGAGGGCGGCAAUGCACUCUCCUCUGAUGAAGAUGAGGAUAAAGAUGAUCUGGAGCUGGAUGGUCUAAUUAAGGCCAAAAAGAAAACAGCGGCGAGCACCGCCAGCAAGGCAGGCACUUCCAAAUCCGGCGGUAAAAAGUCUGGCGCCGGAUCAACUGCAUCCAAAUCCAAGGCUAAGCCCAAGAAAUAGAAUGUAGAUGUUCCUAAGAUUGCUAAUUUUAAGUUGCACUUACUCAUCUUAAAUUUAUACAUUUGGCCA